CAUUCUAUAAAAAGAAGACGUAUAAAUCAUGCCAGGUAGAAUAUGGAUAUUUACCUUUUAUUUUUAUAAUCUUUAAAUUUUAUUGUUAAGCAUUUCGUAACCUCAUGAGAUUUUGAGAAUGCCUUUUUGUUUUAUGCUUCAAGGUAACUGCUGAAGCUCAGGUUUGUACUGAUCCACAGAAUGUCUGCAAACUUCAGCAUUUGAGGUCUCUAGGACUCCUGUCUGACACAGAGUGCAGGAGUAAAGGAGACCCUGAGGCCAGUGGAAACCAUGCGGGGGAGUAUCUAAUGUCACAUGGCCAUCGGCUAUCUUUCUCCUGACACGGUCUCUCUGAGAGUCAUUCAAGCACAUCAACGAGUACCUUCUGGAGUCAGGGCAGAGGCGAGAGGCCCCCAGAGCCAGCACAUCAUUGUAGCUGUGAUCCUGACCAAGCUCUUUUCCGGCUGUGAAAUCCCAGGAAUCAAGCCUUGUUGUUUGACUGCAGCCCUAGAAAUGAGCGAGGAGAGAGUAAUAUACACAGAGCUGAAAUCAGCCCAUUCAAGGCAACAGGACAAAAGACGUCCAAUGGUUAAAAGGAGAGGAUUUCCAUGGCAUAUCGUUGCAGUCACCCUGGGAUUUCUAUGUUUAUUCUUCCUGCUGGCAAUCACAGGCUUGGGAUAUAUGUUUUUUCACAGGUGUUCAGGAGAAAUCAGACAAGAUAUGAAAGCACCAGAAGACAAGAAUGCUUCCUUAGCAGAAGUUGAAGAUCACUUAAUUUUACUACCCACUACAGCAUGGAAUGAAGACGAUGACACAUUUCAAGGAAAAUGGUACUGCUGUGGAGGAAGCUGUUACCACUUUUCAAAAGAGGAGAAAACUUGGGAGAGAAGCGUGGUGUCAUGCCGAGAUCUGCAGUCUAGUCUCCUGAAGAUUGAUACUAAAGAGGAGCAAGUCCUUAUUCAAUCAAAAAUAAAAUACAAUCAUUGGAUUGGAUUAAUUAGGGUUCGAGAAGGCAGGAAUCCCUGGCAAUGGCUGGAUGGCUCACCCCUAUCUCAGAAGCUGUAAGUUUUCAUUUCACGGCCUUGCUCCCUUUCCUGCUCAAUAACGGAUUGGUAGAUUAUUGGUGAAGAGAGGAACAGAUCCUUGGGGACUUAGGGAAUAUCGUUCAUUCCAUUUGAUCUCGCUUCUUAGAUCGGCAACCGAGUGCAAAUCUGAGACCUCAAGAGACCUAAAGAGCAUGAUUUAUUCCAUGUUCUUUAAUGGAAGGUCCUUCCA